GUUAUAUCGAGGAAUCAAGCGGGGUUAUGGGGGAUUCGAUGGAUUUAAAGUAUAGAACGAUAUCGGUGGAUUUAGAAGGGGGAUUUGAAGAGUUAUCGGCGGAUUUGUAGUGAUAAAAUAUUUUGAAUGGACAAAGACAUACAGAAAAACAACCUAUCGCAUGAAUUACUACAAAUAUAGUCCAUUAAGCCGUCAAUCGUAUAUUAAUGUUAUAAAUGGAAGUGAUGCACCAUCAUACAAUCCACUUUGCAAUCUUUGUGAAUUAUUACACAAACAACAUCGAAAACACAAAAAGUAUAUAAUCAGUAAUAUAUGGAAUUAUUGGAAGGGUCCAGAUGUUUGUAUUGAUAAUUGGGCAGAUAUCUGGUUAAAAGGGAAGCACAUAAAGGCUUAUGAAAAAGUAAAAUGGAAAUAA